AUGGAGAAUAUCACCACCGUCACUGAGUUCAUUUUGCUGGGGCUGACUGAUGCCUGUGAGCUGCAGGUGCUCAUUUUUCUGAGCUUCCUCUUGAGCUACCUCCUCACACUGCUGGGAAACUUCCUCAUCAUCUUCAUCACCCUAGUGGACAGGCGCCUUUACACCCCCAUGUACUACUUCCUCCGAAACUUCGCUGUCCUAGAGGUCUGGUUUACCUCUGUCAUCUUCCCCAAGAUGCUAACCAACAUCAUCACAGGACACAAGACCAUCUCCCUAGUAGGUUGUUUACUCCAAGCAUUCCUCUAUUUCUUCCUUGGCACCACGGAGUUCUUUCUACUGGCAGUGAUGUCCUUUGACAGGUAUGUGGCCAUUUGUAACCCUUUGCGUUAUGCCACCAUCAUGAACAAGAGAGUCUGUGUCCAGCUUGUGUUUGGCUCAUGGAUGACAGGGUUAGCUCUCAUCAUGGUUCCCGCGUCCAUAGUGUUCCAGCAGCCAUUCUGUAACUCCAACAUCAUUAACCACUUCUUCUGUGACAACUUUCCACUUCUGGAACUGGUAUGUGCAGAUACGAGCCUCAUAGAGUUCCUGGGUUUUGUUACCGCCAACUUCAGCCUCCUGGGCACUCUGGCUGUGACCGCCACCUGCUACGGCCACAUUGUCUACACCAUCCUGCGCAUUCCCUCAGCCAAGGAGAGGAAGAAAGCCUUCUCAACUUGCUCCUCUCACAUAAUUGUGGUGUCUCUCUUCUAUGGCAGCUGCAUCUUUAUGUAUAUCCGGACUGGCAAGAAUGGACAGGGGGAGAGUCAUAGCAAGGUGGUGUCAUUGCUCAACACGGUAGUGACACCGACACUCAACCCCUUCAUCUACACCCUGAGGAACAAGCAGGUGAAGCAGAUAUUUAGGGAGCACCUGAGCAAGCUCCAGAAGUUGAGCCAGACAUGA